AUGGCAGUCUCAACAUCUUCUUGGAAGGAACUGAGAAGUGUUCUUGAUUCCGAUAAGAAGCUGUUGAAAAAGCCGAAUUUACCACUGAUGGCAAACCAGCUCAAUUCUCUCAGUCUUCGCAUGCAAGAUGAAGAGCUGCCUCGACACGCUGCUGUUUGUCAUGUAGAAGAAGCCCAUCUAUAUCAAAAAAUGGGAAAUCCUAACGAGGAGAGGAAGCAGUAUGCUACAGCGGCUAGUAUGCUCAACAAUACUAUACCUACAGAUAUGAUGAACAGAAGUAGAGGCUUGACAUCGUUGGAAGCUGCCAAAGCUUUAGUUGGAUGCAAUCAGUAUGAAAUGGCGCAAGAACAUGCUCAGCGAGCUGUUCGUCUCCUCGAAGGCGAAUUUUAUACCUACACUCGUGCUGUCUACUUGCUUGCCGAAAUCCACUUCUACUUGUCUGAGUGGGAGCACUUGCUGGCUGAUAUUGAUGACCUCUGGAUGAGCGUUAUGAAAACUCGACCGAAAAGUGUCGCGGGUCGAAGGAUACUCAAGGAUCUUGAAGUGAUGACAGUGUUAAUUUUGCAAAAGUCUCAGGUUCCUAGAAGUUUGGUGGCGGAAUCAUAUGUGACUUUCAGCAAGGACACAAUACCUCUACAGUAUCAGCACUAG